CGGGGUUUAAGGGUUUGAGAUUCACGGAGAAUUGACGUAUAUGCUGUCCUCAGGGCGUAUGUCUUAUUAUCAGCAUUGGUCGUGACGGAGCGAUUCUGUAACAGGUGAUGCGCAAUAGUAAUGGUGAUGUUGUUAGCUAAGGCAUGCUGCUUGCUAGCUCGCUAAACGGGUGCUCGCUAAGGUUGGUGUGUGUGAGGUAACUGGAAUAGUCGGCCAGCUUGCUUGGGAACGAGGAACAGAACCACUCAAGUGCUGUGCUCUCGGAGACGGCUCAGAAAAAUCACACGAUCAUGAACAUGUCAUCAUGAUAAGUGACCUUGAACUCUGCACAUGCUGAAACCAAUGAGUGGAAAAGAUACAUCUCUGCAGUGACCGAGCGUGAAGCAAAAGCUCCUUCUGACCUCAUCUUGCACGACAUAGGCCUGUUUGUCUUGAAACAAGUCAGGCUUUGAGCCAAUACCAGAGAUGCCCGUGAGAAGGCAUCCCUACAGGCUGCCGCCUAGCUAUGCCAACUGAAAGCACCAGACAACUGCAUCUCUUGUUUAAAAGGAUGUACUGCUGAUUGGAUGCAAAAUCUCAUUCCUCUUCCACCUCUCCAAAACAUUAUUCACGUUGAGUGUGUGCCAGCGUGUACAGUGAAUUAUGGUGACCAAAAAUGGUGCUUGAAUGUGGCAUCCUGGUGCAGAGUAUGCUAAAAGGGGUGAGGCUCUCUCAGAAAAGUAUAACAGCCGACUGAUAGUCUGCUGCCGAUAAUGGAUGCCAAGUUAAAAGAGGACCUGUUUCGAAGGUAUGUGACGGCACUGGAGAGGCGUCUGGAGGAUGGAGAGGAACACACAGGGAUUGGAACUGCACCAGAGGGGGACAGAGGGAGACACAAGGACAGUGAGGCCCUACUCUCCACAGCCACAGCUCUGCUAGGAGCCUACCAGCCAGAUCCAGGACAGCGUUUCCGGAUGGUGCGCUUCUAUGAAGUGGUGGAGAAUUCUCUCCGCUGCCAGAGAGGGGGCAACAUCAAGAGCUUGGAGAGAGCCUUCCACACACUGGAAACCAUCUGCACCAACCUCCUGCUCUUCCCCUGGAAGAAGGAGUUCAGAUGUAUAAAGACCUUCACUGGCCCAUAUGUGUACCAUCUGCAGUCUGCCAUUUCUGAUGCUGAACUCCGAACUCUAAUGCGCACCAUCGGCUACGCCUGUGACCAUGACUCGCAGUUCCAUUUGCAGGAGCACCCAGGAGGCGCAAAUCAUCUCCGGCAGUUGGCAUUUGAACUCUUCCUGGCCCAGGCAGAGUGUCGUCUUCUGGGAGAGGUAGUGGCUCUGGCCCGUGGUUCGGCCUCAGAGCUGGAGGCCCUGGAGCUCCGCAGAGGUUGCAGAGAUGAUGCAGCUGGCUGUGCCGAGGCACUCCGCAGACGCGACAGCCUUGGGGCGGAUAUGGCUCGGCUGUCUGUGCGGCCGGUGGAUAUAGAGAGGCCUCAUGCCCACCACCUGAGGCGAGGAAGCCGACCGUCUAAGUCUGUGGAUGUUACAGAUGGGGCUGGUCACUGGCACGCAGCGGUUACUAAGCCUGUCUUGAAGGCCUCAUUGAGUCUGCGGAAGGAGCCUCUGUUUGUGGAUGCGGAAGAGGAUAUGAAGGACGAAAUCAUCAGGCCCAGCACCUCAGCAUCUCUCUUCUCUGUGGCAGCUCCACCUUCCUACAGCCCUGUUGCAGAUUUCUUCCCAAUUCAGUCACCUCCCCCUGCUGAUGCUUACACAUCCUACCACCUGUCCUCUUUGGAUGAGAUUGACCUGUACACAGAGAGGGGUGUUGGGACGGGAGGAAGGCAGACCCCCUCUCGACCUCCAUCCAGAGAGCCUCGGGAUGCAAGGGAUGCAUGGCUGCUAAAAGCUCAUGGUAGUGUGAAGUGUCAGGGCUGUGGGCUGGGCUGCUCCUCUAUGGCCUCCUGCCAGAGGUGUGACAUGAUCCUCUGUGCUGCCUGUCACGAUGUGGACCCCUCCCCUUGCUGUGGCCUCCAAGACUACCACCCCAAAUCCCCACGACCCCUUGAUGGAUACAUUCCUGUCAAGGAAAAGCUCUCUGUCUACUCAAAUACUCACUCCCACUCCCAUCUCCAUCCGCACCCCCUGACACUGACCCACUCACACUCUCACCCCCACCCUCAUCCCCAGAUGGUGGAGAAACCCCUCAUGUCCACUAAGCUGUUUGCAAGCAAAUCUGUUGCCUUGACAACGCCAAAGGGAGGCAGCAGUGAGCGACUAAGCAUGGGUGGAUCGCGAUGCGGGUUUUGCAACAAGCCAGGGGCAUCACACACCUGUGUGAACUGCUCUAAGGUGUCAUGUGACUCGUGCAUGGGCUUGUAUGCAAAGGAUAUUUGCACGCGAAAGAAUCCCCAGCACAGCUUUGUGCCCAACCAUCAGCUUAACUUCAAAUCCGGCACCAUAUCUCACCUGGUGUACCGAUGAAUCAGGCAGACAGAAUACGUUUCUCCCUUCUAGUCCUUUCCCUCAACCCGCUGCAUAGUCUUGCACUAUUGCUUUAGCUCUGUUCCCGUUUAAACAGCUCAUUCACUAGCUUCCCCUUUAUCUGAUGGUCUUUUGCUCUCUAACCCUCUCUUGAACUUUGUACAUUUUCUCUUACUGUCAGUAGGGCCCUGGAAUGCACAUGCCACAGAGAGCCAUAUCGUCUGCCCAUCUCUCUGCCUUGUACAAGUUCAGGCCUUUAUCUAUUUCUUCUUCCUUUUACCUUGCUACCUGCUCUUGAGUAGUCAUGUGAUGUUGUAGCGCUUCCCCAAUUCCUCAAAUUUUGUCCUCCUCAAAAGGGAAACUGGAGAAAAGGGAGUUUAAUUCCUUCUCAUUUUGAAUGAAUUCCGUCCAAAUGAACAUAUAUACUUUACCUAACUUCUCAGCUAAAAAUUCCUCUAAUAUAUAUAAAUAUAUAUAUAUAUAUAUAUAUAUACAGUAUAUAUGUGUGUGUGAGAGAGAGAGUGUGGGUGUGUGCGCGCGCGUGUGUGUCUAGAGAAGACCUCUGAGCUUGCAUUGUGACACAGGAGAUCUUUUUAAACUUGAAGAAUAGUAGGGAAAAACAGAGAAAACAUACACUGGAAGUCAAUAAGUCAAUAGUAUAUAUUUUUAAUCUCUAUUCUCUAGAACAAUGUGAGACUGUUAAAUGGGCAUGAGGUCUGGCAUUGGGAUUUUUGGGGUAUAAAGUUAUGUUUGUGGGUGCGGGGUGGGAUAUAUCUCAAAGAGACAUAUUGAGACAAUGGUCAGAUGCCAUAUAUUCUAUUUAAAAGAUUAUGCCUUGUAAAUUAACCCUCAAUUGUUUCUGGUUAUGUGACUGAGGUUUCAAUGCUGCUGUUGACUUGAGACAUUGAAGAUGUGUGGCGUUAACUUCUUUCUGGUAAAUAGCCUGUUGAGUUGUGUCAGUUCCAAGUCCCCCCCCCCCCCCCCCCACCCCUCCUCCUCGUUCCCUUUCAUUACACUCCUUAAGCCGCCAUAGUCCAUGAUGUUGUAGUUCACCCUUACCAGAUCAGUCAUUCCCUGUCAGUCUCAGGUGGCGUCACAGGAAGUCUCACGCUGGGCCACAAAUCAAGUGAUAACGGUUCUCUGACAGUGUGUGAGCCUAUCGAUCGAUCUUAGACAGUAUGAAAGUGUAUACUCUGACACGGUUUCUGUCUACCUCAAAUGGCUUCAGCUUGUACACCUAGUUUGACAUUGUGGUUUCAAACUAGCCCGACUGGUGUUUUAGCUGAAUAGAAAACAUCUCCUCUUACAAUGAUCUGAUUUAGUCACUUUUAAAGGUUAGCAGAGGUUAAUCAUUUAACGAGAUAAUCCCGGGCUUUGUCAUCUGAACGACGGAACAAGGUUUUCUGUCUGGUAGCUGUUUACAGUGUCUGUAUGCGCAGGAUGUGGACACAAAAACAUGAACACCUGUGGAUUAUAAAUCAAUUCAAUACAAUGGCACUGUUGUGAAGCUCAAACUGUAAAGGAUGUUUGAAACGGUCAGAAAGGUGCUGAUAGUUUCAUGGCAAUUACUGAACCUGGAAGUUGUGGUAGAGUACUGGAUUGCACUGCAAAGUAAAGCUAAAUUCACACUACAUGACUUUCAAAAUUCUCAGAGCGCCAUACUGUUCACACUACAUAACUUGCUGUCCUGUAAUCAGCAGUCUUGAAGUCAUUAUGCUUUUCACAUUAUAUGGGGGUCACACACUACAAGAUAUUUCACUAGGAGAAAUCCCCAAUGAGUGUCAUGGGUCGACCCACAACCUGGGGUUGGUGGGAUGCUUACUCAAACUAUCAAAGUCAAAAAGUGGCAAAAUCCCUGACAGGUUGAGAUAUUUAGGGUGCUAGAUAUCUGGUAAGCAUCUGCGGCGCAUCGACGGUUCACGCAUACAAUGAGCGCCGAGCCAACGCUGAUUUGCUUAUGAUCUGGGGCUUUUGUUGGAGAGCUCCAAAAACCUGUCAGUGAGCCGAAAAUCAGGGAUAAAGUCGUGUAGUGUGAACGAGUCAUUAGUCGUCUCUGUUUUUUCACCAUUGACAAAAGACAGAAACCACUUAUAAUAUGUUGCAGUUCAGUACAACACCCCCUCAGACUGUGGGCUCACAGAGAUGAACAGAUGCCUUUCUGAUACAAAGUUAAUCACAUUUAAGAUAAGAAAAGACUUAAUUAAUCCCAUAUUGGGAAAUUGACGCAUUACAGCAGCUUAACAGUCAGAAGCAAGAAAAAAAGAAAGCGAUAUGCAAGUUAGAUCAAAUUAAAAAGUAAAAUACAAAAUCUAUGUCCACCAUUCAUAGUUGCAAUAUAGUUAUUGUUGCUAUUUAUUACAUGGCGAUUGCACUAUACUGUCACAGGGAUUCAUGUUGUGUCUACCUGCUUGUACAGCGCAGUUUUCGCCAAUGUGUAAAGUUACUUUUUUAAGACCCUGACAGCCCUCUUUAAGGCCCUUGAUUUGGAGUGAUUUGGUGCAUGAGGUUAGCUGGCGUUUCCUCAAGCAAGCCACUGCCAUUUGCUGUGGACAUUUCAUUAAACUCAUUUAUAGAUAUACUUUAAAGGGCUGGGGUUGUCGUGGGUAAGUAAACUCUGCUAACAUGUAAACCAUCAUAAAUUUAGAUGGUACCUUUAGUGAUUAGGCUCCGAUUCUCCAUGUAAGAUGCUGUAUAUUGCAGCUGAUAGUCACCAAGGGCUAAUUUUAAAUCACAUUUCAUAUUAUGUAAAAGUCUGGGUUAUUUUGACCGAGCGUUGAGGCAACACAAGCCUUCACGUUCUGUCAGGAAUAACCUCUAAAUGCCUUAAGCUCAUUUAUAUGUCUUAUCAAGUACUUUGAGUUUUGUUGUCAUUGACAUUGUUUCAUGUCUUACCAGCCUGUAGGUUAAACAUUAACACGGUUUUGCCAGCUACAUGUACUAAAUACAUAGCUUGAUCUGUGACAACUAAGGACGGAGUUCAGAGUGAUUCAGAAAUACAGACGACUAUGGAUUAACUACAACACAGGGUGUGUAAGACGGAGCGUAUUGAACCAUGCAUAUUAACAGAGUUAUGCAGCAACUCGCACAUUGUAGACCAAUAUAUACACUAUGUUCUUACAGGGGUUGAUGUCUGUAAUAGUAACCAUGUUUUGCCUGGAAGGAAUUUUGUUUUGCUUACAGAUAUUACCUGAACACACGCUUGGUUACAGGGAAUGAUGUCUGAUCUCAUGCUUCUGUUCAUUCCUUCCCUUUAAAAUUAUUUUUUUUGUCUUUGUCAUGUUAAAUAACAUAAAGAAGGGAUCUUUUGAUACCGUUUGCAUGUAGCUUAAGGAUUCUGUAAGAGAUGUUCUUGGGUCAACGUUAGCUAAUCACAGAAGUCUUGAUUGACCUUAGGGGAGGUGUGCAAUCGUUCUGUUUUUCAUUGAAUGAAGCCUUUCGAAAUACUUUGAAUAUUUAUCAUAGAUAUAUUUCCAUUGAGUCUGUUCAUCGCAAAUCAUACCAGCAACUAAGAUGACUUUCCGAAGUAUUGAGCCAUGUUGCAAGAGUGAUCAUAUUGCCAAAUGAAGAACAAAUAUUGGAGUAGAAAACAAAAUCCUGUCGCUCGCCCAGAUGUACAGUUAAUGUAACAUAAAUCUGUGGUUCUGCUAAAGUUAAGUGUCUGUAGAUGUUGGCCUUUUAAAGAAGCCUAGAAAGAGAAUCAUCAACAUAGACACCUACUCGCACACCAUGGGACGUGGAUUUGACUCGGAUCAGCUGACUGAUCAUUUGUGUAGGUCACUACAAAGGGCUAAACAGUCUUCAGGGCUGCUGCUAAGUUUGUGGGCACUGUUUUAAUCUUUUAGAGAACAACUGACUUGUCGUAGGCGAAUAUCUAACGUGGAGCUCACUUUACAUUCAUCAGUGGAUGUGAAUAACUGAUGUUGGGAAGAAAAGAAAACAAAAGAGCUAUUUUUAUUUAGUGUCAUGGAAUACAUUGAGCCAUUUGAACAUGAUUGGUUUAACCCACACCAGACACACUCAAGUCAUUGUGGAAGUCAAUACUCCCUUUACCUCUUUGUGUGGUUAUCUUACUGAUGUUAACAGUGGUGUUGUAGUUAGGCAGCCCCUUUACCAUUCCCUAUUUCCCUAACCCUUUCUUGGCAUGCUCUGUACAAGGCCCAAACCCAUACCUCUUCUCCCUCUUCUCCCACUGUCUCCCCUCUCUCCCCCUCCCCCCCUCCACCUUGGCACUGAGGAUCAUUGCACAAUGUCUAUGUGAAGGGGUAUGGACCUUACGAUCAAUAUGUGGGCAUACAUGGGGGUGGAAAGGGAAAAUAGCCAAAAUUGUUAAUCGGUAAAAAUAUAUAUAUAUAUACAUAUAUAUAUUGAAACGUAAAUGAGAUUUUAUAAAAUAAUUUAAAGAAUAAAAUUCUGAAAAAAAAAAAAAAAAAAA